AACGGAUCGGAAAAGUGCUGGCAGAACUGCACGUGUUCUCUUCUCUUCAAGUACGGGUCGAGUAGACGAUAGGCGAUGAAGGACAUAUACGUGAUCGCCGUCGCCUUUCUGGCAUCUUGGAGCGUGUGUGCCGCAAGCGAAUAUCAACCAUAUACUCAUCAGCUACAACCCCAGGAUAAUGUUCUUCGAAAAUGCCCGUAUCCGGAUAUAAAUCCAAGCAACACUACGACCAACAUCGCGCACGAAAGCGAUUGCACCAAGUUCUACAAAUGCCUGUUGGGUGAAGGAACCGUGAUAGAAUGUCCCUUGCUGUGGCCGAACGAUAAAACGAAGAGGCUGCACUACAACAGGGCCGUUCAAGUCUGCGACUGGCCGUGGAAUGCCGGUUGCGAAUCAUGUCCCCCGAAGGGCAGUAAUGGCAAGUAUCCGCCGGAGUCUAAGAUACAAGAUCCAGACUCUACAGAUUGUAGAAAAUAUAUCGUAUGCAAGAACGGUAAGCAGACAAAGAAAACUUGUCCAAAGAAGACGUGCUUUAGCCGCACAUGUCAGGAUUGCGUGGAAAAACGCAAGGGUGGAAAAUGUGAUGAUGAUGAUGACGACAGCACAACUGAUGAGUCGUCAACUGAUGAGUCGUCAACUGACGACUCGUCAACUGAUGAGUCGUCAACUGAUGAUUCGUCAACUGAUGAGACAACUGAUGAAUCUGAUGAUUCCUGUGAAGAAGGAGACCAAAAAGCCCAUGAUUGCAACUGCGCCAAGUUUUAUGAGUGUUCCGAAGAUGGAGAUUGGGAACUCAAUGAGUGCGACGGCGGUCUACAUUUCAGUCCCACAAAGAAGAAGUGCAUGUCAGCGGACAAGGCCAAAUGUAAGAAAAAAAAAUAGAGGACUCGGCGAGAUUAUCCGCGAAGUCUAUUCCCAAGAAUAAACGACACGUCAUCAGCGCAAGUUGGUUUACAGACGCGAGUAAUGAAAGGGAAAGGAUCCAUUGUUUCUGGGAAUUCUUCUUCGACGAGAAAUAAAUAUAGAGAUGUAACCACUCGGUCAAAUGCACAAAUGUAAUAAUAUCACUGAGAUGAUUAGACGUAGGCAAUCAUCAAUCUCGGCAACAGAGUUAAACACGAUGAGCAAUAUAUGUAUGCUUGCUAAAACUAUAUUAUUAUAUUUGUAAAAAGUAGAUUAGUUUCCUAAGAUAGUUUAAUAAAAUCGUUAAUAUAA